GACAGCUCUUGUUGACAGUACAGCAAAGAGGUGUAGCAUCACCAGUCGCAUCAACAACCCAAGUUCAGCAAAAGACCUUUAGAGGAGAUUUAAUUUCGUGAAAAAUGAUUGAAACUCUGUACAGUAUACCGUUCUACCUGUUCGAGGUACCGAACCUCAAACUCAAACGACCAACAUGGCUACAACAGCCCUCGGCAAUGACUGUGUUUUCAUUUGUGUUACUCUCGUAUUUCCUCGUUACCGGAGGUAUUAUUUAUGAUGUUAUUGUCGAGCCACCGAGUGUUGGAUCCACAACCGACGAGCAUGGCCAUUCGCGGCCGGUUGCUUUCAUGCCAUACCGGGUGAACGGACAGUACAUCAUGGAAGGUCUGGCGAGCAGUUUCCUGUUCACUAUCGGAAGCCUAGGAUUUAUCAUCAUGGAUCAGACACACACGCCGGGAAAACCGAAGCUGAAUAAGAUUCUCCUCAUCGCUAUGGGCUUUAUCUUCAUUACGGUGUCCUUUUUCACGACGUGGAUUUUCAUGCGCAUGAAGCUGCCUGGUUACUUGCAGCCAUAAACAACUCAAUCCUGUAAUUCGUACGCUAGUCGUGCUUCGAAAUAAUAAAUACAAUUUUAUUAUGAA